AUGGUUGAAUGCAGUAUUUGCUACUGUAAUUAUAAAGAAGAAGAAUGCUACACACUUCCAAAUUGUCUUCAUCAAUUUUGUAAAGGUUGCUUAUCCGAAUAACUGAAAACAAAAAUAUUAUCUCAAUAAAUAGAAUUAUCUGAUUUUAAGUGUCCCUAAUGUGGUCGACUAUUUAGUCCUGAAAUUAUUGAACAUUUUGUAUCACCAGAACUUUUUAAAAAAUAUUGUGAUUUUGCAUUGCAAUAUAAUUCAAUUAUGGGAUUAGAGGAUAAUGAAUUACUCACAAAUUGUUUAAAUGAAAAAUGUACUGAAAAGUUUGUAAUAUGGAAAGAUGCAGAAUAUGUGUAAUGUCCUUCAUGUAAAAUGAAAUUUUGUAGAAAAUGUUAACUUGAAUAUCAUGCAGAUAAGGGAAUUUCAUGCGAAUAAUAAAAAGAACUACAUAAAGAUUAGUUUUAUAUUGAUAUGAAGAAAAAUUUACAGGUAUGUAAAUGUCCAAAGUGCAAUAACAUGUGUGAAAAGAUUUCUGGAUGUAAUUUUAUGUAUUGCAGAUGCAAGACAAACUUUUGUUUUCUUUGUGAUGUCGAGCUAACAGAAGCAUAUCAUUUCACACAUUGGUAAAAUGAUGACCCAUUUAAAAGUCCCUGCAGAGUUUGGUAUAAUGGAACCUGGGUGGAUCCUAGUAAAGUUCCAAAGGUUGAGCCUGUGAAAUAAGAAAUCAAAGUUGUUUAAGUGAUUCCUGUUGAAGAGAAAGAGAACAAGAUUCCUUGUCCAUGUUGUGGCAAUAAAAAUAAAGAUGUGAGCAAACUUGUAUUUUUUGAUAAAGUUGUCUAAUGUCAAAGUGUCAAAUGUUAAAAUUAAGCAUACUGCAUUUCCUGUUAAAAACAAGUUCAGGUAAAUGAUAUAAUCAGUCACUUUAAUCAAUAGACAUUAUUAUGUAAAUUCAAAUGA